AUGACUGAGCACACGGAUGCCGACACCAUCAGAAUCCUCGUCGCAACUGACAAUCAUGUGGGGUAUGAGGAGCGCGAUGCCAUCCGCAAGGAUGACAGCUGGCGAACCUUUGAUGAAAUCCUGAAUCUUGCUCGAACUGAAGAUGUCGACAUGGUCUUACUUGCCGGCGAUCUCUUCCAUGAUAAUAAACCCUCCCGAAAGUCUCUGUACCAGGUCAUGCGUACACUGCGACAAAACUGCCUCGGCAUGAAGCCAUGUCCCCUCGAGUUCCUCUCCGACGCGGCCACCGUCUUCGAAGGCGCAUUUCCCCACGUGAAUUACGAAGACCCCGACAUUAAUGUUUCAAUACCUGUCUUUUCUAUUCACGGUAACCACGACGACCCCUCCGGAGACGGCAAUUACUGCUCGCUCGAUUUGCUACAAGCUGCUGGCCUACUCAAUUAUUUUGGACGAGUAGCCGAGGCUGAUAAUAUUGAAGCCAAGCCGAUUCUCCUCGAAAAAGGGACUACCAAACUGGCCUUGUUUGGUUUGAGUAAUGUCCGGGAUGAACGAAUGUUUCGAACCUUUCGAGACCACAAAGUCAAGUGGUUCAGGCCAAAUGUGCAGAUGGGAGACUGGUUCAAUGUGCUCGCUGUCCAUCAGAAUCACCAUGCACACACCGCGACGUCAUAUCUUCCCGAGAACGUACUACCCGAUUGGAUCGACUUGGUUGUAUGGGGGCACGAACACGAAUGUCGCAUUGAUCCCACGCAGAACCCCGAGACGGGCUUUUACGUCAUGCAGCCUGGCUCAUCAGUUGCCACGUCGCUUGUGCCUGGUGAAGCCGUGCAAAAGCACGUUGCUAUUUUGAGCAUAACAGGCAAGGACUUCAAAGUUGACAAAAUUCCAUUGAAGACCGUACGUCCGUUUGUGACCAGAGAACUCGUUUUGGCCCAGGAUAAGCGAUUCAAGGGCUUGGACAAAAAGAAGGACAACAGACAAGAAGUUACCAGACGGCUCAUGGAGGUUGUGGAUGAGAUGAUCAAGGAAGCAAAUGCAGGCUGGGAAGCCAUCCAGACAGACGAGGACGCGCUAGAGGAGCGACCGCUGCCUCUCAUUCGGCUCAAAGUAGAAUACACAGCCUCGGAAGGGGGUCUAUUUGAGUGCGAGAAUCCACAGCGGUUUUCAAACCGAUUUGUUGGCAAAGUCGCCAAUACGAACGAUGUCGUCUACUUUUACCGGAAAAAGACUUCACAACGCAAAGCGACAGCGACGCUUCCCGAGAAUGUUCUCGAGACCCUUGGCGACAGCGCAGAUGCCGUCAAAGUAGAGUCGUUGGUACAAGACUUCCUGUCUGCCCAGUCUCUGAAAGUCUUGCCCCAAGGCCCUUUUGGAGAUGCUGUUAAUCAAUUCGUUUCAAAGGACGACAAACAUGCCAUGGAGCUCUUUGUCUCGGAACACUUGACGGGCCAGGUGAAACAGCUCCUUGGACUUGAAUCCGACGAUGAGGAUCUCAACAGCGCCAUGGACAUUUACAGAACCAGGAUUGAACAGCAAAUGGCCAGUGGCCCUGGUCGAGGCAUGUUCAACACUGACAGAAGACGGGUGUUGAAACCAAAGCCCGACACGUGGGACAGUGAUUUCGAUGGAAACUGGGAGGACGAGCCCGAUGCGUGGACAUACGAAGGUCCUGCUCACGACGAAAGAACGUCCGACGAUGAGCAAGCGCCAGCGCCAAAGGCUACCAAGCGGGCAGCGAGGGUCACAAAGGCAGCCACCACAAAGGCCGCCGGGAAAAGUGUCUCGGCACAGAAAGCCCCAGCACGAGGGCGCGGGCGCAAAACGGUGGAGCAAGGCGAGGAAGAUGAAGAUGUUGUCAUGGAAUCAGAGGAGGAGGUUCGGCCACAGCCGAAACCUACGGCGAGGGGCAAGAGAGCAACGACGACGAGAAGCGCGGCACCAACAACGUCCAAGAAGACUACAACGCGAGGAGCCACAAUGACCAGGCAGACAAGGCUGGACUUUUCCCAGAAGAGCGGGGGCGCCAGUCAAAAGGCUGUGGAAAUUAGCGACGAUGAGAUAUCUGACGACGAUGCGUUUGAGCCCGCCCCUCCCGUGUCAAGUAGAACGAGGAGAAGAUGA